AGAGGAGGCAUAAGCUUACUGCAGUGCAAAGUGUGUCCGAUUGUACGUCACUGGAAUUCUGUCUGCAAGCAUUUUUAUUCUGAAAGAAGAAGUAGAAAUAAAUGUGAAUCAGUAUAGAGUCUGGUCUCCCUUCUCCAUGCAGCAGGUCAUCAGUGUCUGGGUGCGGGACCCAAGGAUACAAAAGAAUGACUUCUGGCAUGCCUACAUGGACUAUGAAGUUUGUUUACAUACCAACAGUGUGUAUUUCACCAAGAAGACCUCGAGUGUCAGAAGGCGAUACAGUGAGUUUGUGUGGCUCAGACAGAAACUGCAGGAACAUUCCCUACUCAUGGUACAGUUACCGGAGCUGCCUCCCAAAAACCCUUUCUUCAGUCUGAACAACGCCCAGCAGAUUACUGAGCGGAUGAAAGGACUCCAGAAGUUUUUAGAAAAAAUCCUUCAGAGCCCUUUUCUGAUGUCCGACAGCUGCCUGCACCUUUUCCUGCAGUCACAGCUCAGCGUGUCCAACAUAGAGGCCUGUGUUGCUGGAAGAACCCCCUUCUCUGUGGUCCAGGCGGUUCGGCGCAGUGGUCUGAGGAGAUUCCACUCAGAAGAGGACCUACAGAAGGACCUCUGCAUGUCCUGUGACUCUGACUCAGAUAGCUCAGAGUGUAGAAAUCCAGAGAAAGGCAUUAAAGGUUUGUCCGCAGACAAAUCCAAGAGGACAGCUUCACUUGAUAUCGCGAGUACCACCCAGGACAAGAUGCUCGGCAGCUCAUCUGGUUCAGCAUGAAAACAUCGAUU